UGAGAGAGAGAGAGAGAGAAAAGCGAGCCGGGCCUCCGGCUUGCCAGCACGCGCUUCCCCGGGAAAGGCGGACUCGCCACGGAGGCGGCGGCGGGGGCGGCGGAGGAGGCACCGCCGGGGAGAGAGAGAGAGCCCAGCCUCGGGGCGGCUUCCAGGAGGAGCCGCCCUGCCUGGCCGGAGACCCUCGCCCGUCGCCCGGCGGUGGCGGCGGCGGCAGGGAGCCCCCCGCUCGCCCCCUUCCCAGGCUCCGGCUGUGCGCCCCUCUCCAAGCGCGCUCUUUGUCCGCGGCGGCGGCGGCGGGGCAGGAAUUUCGCCCCGCUCCCUCCGCCAGGCAGGCAGGCAGGCAGGCAGGCUCGGCCGCCGCCGCCGCCCCUCCUUCCCCGGCGAGGCUUCGCCCAGCCUCCCCGCUCGCUCCUCGCCCACCCGGGCUGCCGACCAGCCGCGCGCCGCCGCCGGAGCUGGGCUAGGGAAGGCAGGCAGCCCCCGCGCCCGGCCGGAGACCCUCGCCCAGAAAUUUUGGAUGGCUGCUUUGGUUGCACGCCGGAAUUGAUUGGCUGAAAAACUCGCUGAAAAAAAUAAUAAUAAUAACCCGAGAAACAUCAUUGAAAGGAAGCCACAACAACGCAGCCCUUUCUCAUUAAAUUUACCUGCUUUAUUGGAAUCCCAUGAAAAACAGAAAAUAGGGGGGAAAAAAAGCCUACUGCGCUAAAAGUGGAUCCAGGACCUUUUUGCCUUUCAAGCUGUUAAUAUAGGAGCAAAUGAAGACGUCAACGUGUGUCGGGAGAAAGUUGGCGAGAAAUACCUAGCAGAACCAUGGGCACAGCAGCUGAUGGCUUGGGGAACAUAGCUAUAGAUACAACACAAUUUAACAUGUCAGUCACUGAUCCGUCAGCCUGGGCAACCGCAAUGAAUAACCUCGGAAUGGUGCCGGUGGGAUUAACUGGACAACAGCUUGUGACAGAUUCCAUUUGCGUGAGGGGCUUUGAUCCAAGCCUCCGGAUGAUGACGGGAAUCACUCCGAUUAACCCCAUGCUGUCAGGCAUGGGCCUCGUACCUCAGCCUCCCGCCACCGAAGUCCCUGUCAUCAAAGAGAUUAUUCACUGUAAAAGCUGCACUCUCUUCCCUCCAAACCCAAAUCUUCCACCCCCUUCGACAAGGGAGAGACCGCCGGGAUGCAAAACCGUGUUUGUCGGAGGAUUGCCCGAAAAUGCGAGCGAGGAAAUAAUCCAGGAAGUCUUCGAACAGUGCGGGGACAUCACGGCCAUCCGAAAAAGCAAGAAGAAUUUUUGCCACAUCCGUUUUUCAGAAGAAUUCAUGGUUGAUAAAGCCAUUUACCUUUCUGGCUACCGCAUGCGAUUAGGAUCGAGCACGGAUAAGAAAGACUCCGGGCGCCUCCAUGUCGAUUUUGCUCAGGCCAGGGAUGACUUCUAUGAGUGGGAGUGCAAGCAGAGGAUGCUGGCGCGGGAAGAACGCCACCGUCGCAAGAUGGAGGAAGACCGGAUACGUCCGCCUUCGCCUCCCGUCAUAAUGCAUUACUCGGAACACGAGGCCUCCCUGCUGGCUGAAAAAUUGAAAGAUGACAGCAAAUUCUCAGAGGCCAUAGUAGUGCUACUAACCUGGAUCGAACGAGGGGAGGUGAACCGCCGCACGUCUAACCAGUUCUACUCCAUGGUGCAAUCGGCCAACAGCCACAUCCGCCGGCUCAUGAACGAAAAAGCCAAUCACGAACAGGAGAUGGACCAGGCCAAGGAGAACUUCACGAACGCCCUGACGGGCAUCCUCACUCAAUUUGAGCAGAUUGUGGCCGUUUUCAACGCUUCCAUCCGACAAAAAGCUUGGGACCAUUUCUCGAAAGCUCAACGGAAGAACAUAGAUAUUUGGCGCAAACACUCCGAGGAACUCAGGAACGCUCACAGCGAACAACUGAUGGGGAUCAGGAGAGAAGAAGAGAUGGACAUGUCGGACGAUGACAGCGAUGAAAAUCCCAGUAAUAAGAAGCUGAGGGUGGAGGACGCAGCCUUAGCCGCUCAAGCUUACGCCCUGAAGGAAGAGAACGACAGCCUCCGAUGGCAACUCGACGCCUACCGGAACGAGGUGGAGCUUCUCAAGCAAGAGAAGGGCCAGCUGUUUCGCACCGAGGAGAGCUUGACAAAAGACCAGCAACUACAGUUUUUGCAGCAAACUGUCCAAGGCAUGCAGCAGCAACUGUUGAAAAUCCAAGAAGAAUUAAAUAACAAGAAGUUGGAACUUGAACAAGCAAAAGAAGAACAUUCCCAUACGCAGGCCUUGCUGAAGAUCCUACAGGAACAGUUAAAAAAAAAUGCCAAGGAGUUAGAGACGAACGGGCACGACGAAUCUCAGGCAAAAGAAAUCAAUGGGUUGACAGUGCCGUUGGUCAACCAAGACAGAGAAAAAAAUGCAGAGAAACGAAACCAGCCGCUAAAAUCAGAAAAAGAGGCUUUGUUGAUAGGGAUUAUAUCAACAUUCCUUCACGUUCAUCCUUUUGGAGCUAAUAUUGAAUAUCUCUGGUCGUACAUGCAGCAGCUGGACUCUCGGAUCUCAGCGAAUGAAUUAGAAAUGCUUUUGGUGAGGCUUCCACGUAUGUUUAAGCAAGAGUUUUCCGGCGUCGGAGCCACACUGGAGAAACGGUGGAAAUUUUGUGCCUUCGAAGGGAUUAAGACAACUUGACCAUGUGUUGGCUCAGAACCCCCAAGGGAAGAACACGUGAUGGAUCGCGAUGGCAGAAGCGAGUCAAAGUAUUAAAGGAGGAGAAUUAGGUUUGGCUUAUACACUUCCAAGCCUAGUUUUAGUUGCAUUUGUGAUGUCCUCUUGUGAAAGUGUAGUCGUGUGCCAGUUCCAAAACCAAAAGGGGGAAAAAAACGCUCCUGAAAUGUUUCCUAUGAAAACUCAAAACAAAACAAAACAAACAAAAACAACCCCAACAACUCUACAAUCAUAAUGAUCUCAUUAUUUAAACUACACACCUGUUAUUAGCUCACCUUGAGCCCACUGGAAGAAGAUUUCCCAGUUUCUAAGCGCCAAUGAUGUCUGUGUCCGAAGUGGUAGAUCUUCCUCUGAAACGUCACGCCUAAGACUCUUCCCGUUUCAUAAGAUGACAAAGAAUAAUAAUAAAAAAAAAAUCCAAUUUCAUAGUGAGAAACGAGUAUACCAAAAGCAAACUUGAAAAAAAAAAACAAAAAAAAACAAAAACAAAAACUAUGUGUUUGAACAGUUAUUGUGUUUUGUAAAAUUUAAGUUAUCUGCUCUACCAGGGACUUUUUUUGCCUUAUUGCCAGGGGCCUGAUAAAAU